UUCACUUGAGAUAAAGCUAACAAAAUGAUUGUGUAUUUGUAGCUCGAGCUCAGCAGUGUGUUUGUGCGAGGAUAUCGUUGUUCUCCGUCAUGUUUGAGACGAGUUGAGUGUUGUCCUGCUUGAAAUGAACAAUGAAUAGCGGAGGUGAAAAGCCUGUGACUCGCCUACCUACUGUGAUUCUCAUUCACUGCACGACGGAGAGCAGUGCGCCAUGUGGGAAAACAUUCAUGAUAGAGACUGCCAAACCGGGCGCUGUCAGUACCCCCUCUAGAGUGUCCAAAUCAGCAUGGACGGUAUCCGUAGAAGGUGCUAUCGAAUACACGCGUGUGGUUUAUGACUUGUUUCCAGAAAGAUGCAAGGUUCAGGUGAUGGUGCACUCAAGUACGGGAACACAGCUUCUGAAUUCUUGGGAGAGUGAAGAGCAGCGGCUUCCUCUGGUCUUGGCUGAAAUCGGUCGAAUUGGAGCACCUCCUGCCACCACAGCAUCCUGCGAUAUUCCACCUGGUGUUUCGGCUGCCAUUGAGUCGCUAGGUGGCAUGUUUCAGAAACAGGGUACCGCCAAUAGCGGGUCUGCCGACACACGGGCUCGUGUCAUCAUUCUCUCUCCUACGAUUCGUUCGGAGCGUAUCUCGGCAACGGCGCGGUCCAUAUCUCAACUACUACGUGCGUACAACCAGCAGGUGGCACAGAGCAAUGACGGCAGGUGUGCCGUGCAAGGUCUGGAAGUGGAGAUGAUCCACCUGACAGAGAACACUGUGCCUGCAGAGAAGGCUGUUCUGCCACCUCAUAUAUCCCUGACGGUACACUCCUGCUUUGGCCAGCGCCUAAUGCCGUUGAUGUCCAGUCUGUGUCGUGAACACUACAACAUGGCAUCUACAAUCAUCACUGGCAUUCCUAUGAAGGAAGAGCAACAGGGAGGCGUGUCGUGCAAUUAUGAUGUUGAGCUGUUCCAUGAAGCUGAUAUACACAGAGAUUUGCUACCCUUAGGCCUGCCGGUUAUAACAACUGGUGCGGACAGUGGACAUCAGCACAGCAGCGUGACGCUGCGCUGGUCCAAUCCGCGCACCAUAACCCUGGACGUUCAGUUUUGCUCUCACUCGUGCCGCGUCUCUCCGGUAGAGGUGAACUCGCGUCCGUCGUCUUGCCUGUUCAAUUUCGUACUUGGCGGCCGGUCAGUUAUGUUGGAACAGCCGCGGCGCACUAAUUUUAAGCAUGUGUCCCACAUACUGUUCAAUCAUGGAGGUGGCGUGUUUUUGCAUUGCCUGCCGAACGGGAAGUCGUUUCUCGAAGAUCCCCCUUCCAUCAGCGAGGCCGCCGGAGGAAAAGUGACCGACUACCGAACAAGUGAAUUUGGUGUUCUCAUGCGCAGCAAUCUACUGGUGCCGUUUGCUGAAGCGCCCAACACUGCUGGAGACAUGCUUCCGGUAGAUCGAGCUUUACAGCAAUUGGAGAGGUCGACGCGGAUCUGGCCUCUUGUGUAUGGCGAUACUGUUUUGUUCAACAUGAACGAAGAGGUGCAGAAUCUUCUCACUCUGUUGACGUAUGAACGUCUUUCUGACCAGCAUCUCACUGAAUGCAGACGAGUGAUUUAUCAGUUGCAGGCAAUGGAGGGAAAGAACCAACCUCUUCCCACCUUGUCUGGUACAGCUCGGCAGAAAACCGGCCAUAAGAGAGAGGAUCAGUACCGUCAGCUGUGGUCCGAGUUGGAAACGGUGGUGGUCGCCGCAAGCACUACGUCUCCGCGCCAUCAAGAGGUGUUGGAGUCGUUGCGUCAGUGCCGCUCAGUGGUGAAUCGCAAUAGCUUCAGUCAGUCUGAUGGCCGCCAAGUCCCAGCUCAAGGCAAUGCAAGUAGUGCUGCUGGAUCUCGUGACUCGGUUUGGAAAGAGUAUGAUAUGUAUCGUGAGGGUGAGGCUCCGGACACUGGUGAUAAGUCCCGUACUUCUAGUCCUACUGCAUCUCGCCAGAAAGACGCCACCGGUGCACCGGGCAAGAUCAAGACACCAAAGUUCCGCCCGCAUGCCGAUGGCGUACUCGGACUUAGCAUGAAAGUCCGAUCCGGUGUGUCGCUGAAAACCCUUUGGAUGGAGCACCACCGGCGCAUUACCACCUCUGGUCAUACUGAGUUUGCCGGACGUGCAAUGUACCCAGGUCAGAAGGCGCUUCUCUACGCUCAUCUAGACUUGGAUGGAAGGAAAGCGGCAGCCAUGAAGGAACUAUGAGCGGCUCAUGGUGUAGCCCUCGGCUUGGCUGGUACUAUUGUUUACUGACUUGAUCCAGCAGCCCCUGUACAGGCGUGAGUUGUUGCUGGUACUCUUGUCGCCACCUAGACUGAUCGUGCUGCUUUGUGCGGUGUGACUGUAGCCUUCCCCCUGCUGGGCCCUGCAUAUACAGUUGUAUGCUCUUGUACAUAAAUGUCUUUGUAGAUAUAGUGAUGUGCUUUGUACAUAUCUGUAAAUUACUGUGUGUUGGCAUUCAGACUCCUACUCGCUAUUUGUACAUGCUCCAGUGCUGCGUGCAACUAGCUUUCUGUAAUUACGCUUAGACAAGAGUUUGCUUUGAACAUUUUAAUUUGAAACUCGGGUAUUGGGUAUUGUAUCUAGUUACAGUGGUGAAGAGUUACUCUCGUUUCCAUAUGUCCUUUUUCCUUUCUACAUUUUAAUUUUAUAGUUCUUUGGAAGCAUAUCCCAUUUAGAGCCUCGCCUCUGAAAUCUCUCUAAGCUCUUGUUCUGUAUUUGAACUGUACAGUAUCGUCAUCAAUCUCUA